GUUUUGCAGAUCUGAAUGAAGAAAUCUUCUCUUCAAUAUACUGUUUGAGCCUUUCUUGAAUUUUUUCUUUCUUUUCUGGAAAAGAGAAAUCCGGAUGCCAGGUCUUUUCGACGAUGGAUCAUAAGAAACUACAAGGAGCUAUGUGCUAUCUUUGGUAGUGAAGAUCUGCCUGAAAGUUCUCUAAAUAGUAGUAAUGAUGAUGUAAAUUUGGUCGCAAAUAAUGAAGCUGCAGAUACAGAGGAGUUGUUUUACAAUCAGAGUGAUGCUGCAAAAGAAAGAGGGAAGUAGAUAUUAUGGACUGAUUAACCGAACAGCUGGUGGAGCAAGUGACUCUUGGAAAUAAGCUUCAAAAAAGUUUUAAGCAAGUGGCGCUUAAAGCUGCUGUUUCCAUUAUAAACAAAAAGUUCCCAUUUGACUUGACAACUGAAAAUAUUAGAAACCGGCUCGGGACCUGGAAGAAAAAAUACAGACUUGUGAAAGAUCUCCUCUCUCAACAUGGAUUUGAAUGGGAUGAGAGACAAAAGAUGGUUAUUGCAAAUGACUCUGAAUGGCGACAGUGCAUCAAGAGAAACCCUGAUGUGAGCCACAUACAAGGACGAGCUAUUGAUAAUUUCAACGAGUUACAUGUUAUCGUUGGCAAUGAGCAGGCGGGCAGACACUUGUCCAAAGCAGGUGAUAGAGUUGUAAAUAAUAUUCAAAACGGCAAAGAGGCUAUAGAAGUACCAGUGCAGGUCAUGGUUGAUGAGGACACGUGCGACAAUAAUACUGAUGAUGAUGUACAAGUUUCAUCUCAGCGGACAAUAUCUAGAUCUUCACCAUCACGUUCAAAAGAGGCAUUAAAGAGGAGGCAUAGCAGUGAUAUAAUGUUAGACGUGAUGGGUGCUAUGGCAGAAAACAUCGGGAGGAUUGCUGAUACAUUGACAGAAAGCAAGGGGGUGAGCUUGGAUGAACUGUUCUAAAUGGUACAAUCUAUUCCGGAAUUUGAUGAUGAUCUUAUAGUUGAUGCAUGUGAGUAUCUUUCCUUUGAUGAGAAGAGGGCCAGGAUGUUUAUGAAACUGGAUGAGAGGUUAAGAAUAAAGUGGUUACUGAAACGGCUAAGGGGUUAAGGUAGUUGAUCUUAAAUGCUUAUUAUUAUUAUUAUUGUUAUUAUUUUGGUUUCAAACAAUCAAUCUUAAAUGCUUAAUCUUUUGGUUUCAAGCCAUGCAAGGGGUAGUAUUUGGGUUAGGAAACAUGUAUAGAAAAUAUUUACACUAUGGAGAGUCUACAACAGUGGGGACUAAUAUUCUUUUCACUACCAAUGCAGGUUUUUUUACUCCACAAA